GGUGACGUAGCGCUGGCAUCAGAGCAGAAUUUGAAACGGUGGAGCCGGUGGACAAGAGACGAAUCUACGAAUCGAAACAUGUUUACCUCGGCAUGGACUAGUUAGCAAGACAAGUAUUUACUCUGCGUUGAGCUUUUUUCAGAGUUUAUAAGACAGUUUGUCCGCUGUUGUCCCCGUUAGAAGAGGAAGAGAGGGUCCGUUCUAAACUUUAGUAGAGUGAUUUUGUCUUGCGUUAAACAGUGCUGUCUGUCUGUCGGUCGGUGUGUAUUUUUAACAAAAUGAGCAGUAUCUCUUUGUACGUUCGUCUAAUUAAAGGACAGAGUUUAAUUUGAGAGUUUUAGUGGUAUUUUUUAAAGCGCUAACUUAAAAGAGCUAAUCUGCGCUAGCUGGAAGCUCUUAGCAUCGGUUAUCGUGUCCAAAUUCAACUAAACUCACUCCACUAAAGCGACUUCAUUUAUUGUCAGCUCUUUCUGAGAAACCUCGAACUAAACUCUUUUACUAAAGCAUUUUCGCGGUUGACUGCGAGAACAACCGUGAAGAGGCCGGAGACAGUGGGUGUUUUUUUUUUCCUGGUAGCGAGUCUUAACAUGAGCAGAGUGCUGGUUAAGUUCGAGUAAGCGGUCUGCAGAUUGACUGGACACUCGCUGGAGGUGAUGGCUCGGAGGAGACUGGACAGUCGCAGUGGAUCCUCGGCUCUGCUGUCAGAGAUCCACACUCACAUCUACACGGAUCCUCUGGACACCGUGUUUGACAUGAGCCACGUACUGGGCAGGGGGAAGUUUGCAGUGGUGAAGAGGUGUGAGGAAAAGGCCACGGGGAAAGUCUUCGCUGCAAAGUUCAUCAAGAAGCGGCGACGAGGUCGCGACUGCAGAGCGGAGGUGAUUCAUGAGAUCGCCGUUUUAGAGGCGGCAAAGAACAACCCUCGUGUGGUGAACCUGCACUCGGUGUAUGAGACCGAUCAUGACCUGGUUCUAAUGCUGGAAUAUGCGGCGGGUGGCGAGAUAUUUGACCACUGUGUGUCAGAGGAGCUGCUGCCCGAAGAUCAGAUCAUCCGUCUGAUCCGACAGAUGCUUGAGGGAGUUCACCUGCUGCACCAUAGCAGCGUGGUCCACCUGGACUUAAAGCCCCAGAAUAUUCUCCUGACAAGUCUGAGCCCAUUGGGGGAUAUAAAGAUAGUGGAUUUUGGCUUGGCCCGCAGGCUGGGCUCUUCUGGGGAGCUCAGAGAGAUUCUGGGAACCCCUGAGUAUGUAGCCCCUGAGAUCUUGAACUAUGAACCGAUCACCACAGCAACAGACCUCUGGAGUGUGGGUGUGAUCGCCUAUAUGCUGGUGACAGGAGAGUCUCCAUUCGCUGGCGAGGAUAAACAGGAGACCUUCCUCAAUGUAUCCCAGGUGAACGUGGACUACAGCAGAGAGGCUUUCUCAAGAGUUUCUGAACUGGCUGUCGACUUCAUCCGGAAACUGCUGGUCAAAGCACCAGAGGAUCGUCCCAGUGCAGCCGAUUGUAUGACCCAUCCCUGGCUGUGGCUCCAUUAUCCAGGUUCUGAUCCGAUCCCCAUGACCCCACGCACUCCCCGGGAAAGGAGUUAUGGUGGCAAGUGGUCCGCGCCACCCGAGGAUCCCGAAGACAAAGAGAACAUUCUGGACUCGCCGCACACCAAGAGGUUUCGUUUUGAGGAAGACAUGUCAGCCACCGGCGACGGUGACCACUUGUGCUGAUCCAAAAGGGAGACACACUCAAUAGUAUUUUGUUCCUUGUUGUUGGCCCCCACACAGCACCAGCAAACACGCUUCUGUCCUAAUGCUGUUUUCAACAUCCUCUGGCCAACCAAAAGGGCCAAAUCUAAAUCUAAAUAUCUAUGUUGCUGUCCUGUCUCAAGAUGCCUUUUCCUGCCAUCUUCGGGUUUUAAAUUAUUCAUUUAAAUAUUUUAAUUGCCAUUCAGUAUCGAUUGAAUUUUCUGCUGAUCUCAACACUAUUUCCAUUACUGCACUUAAGGGAUUUUCAACAAUAAGGGAUUUGAAAAAGACCGUUUUCUGCUUUGCGUCUCAACAUCAGAAAGAGUUUGUAUGAUUAGACUCUGUUAAUUGCGAUGGUCUCUGUUAAAAAGGUUCAGUGCAGGAAUGCUCUCGGUGUAUUGGUGCGUGUUUUGUCUUGCAUCCUCAACUUCUCGUGGCAUUGACACAUUCGUGGGCUCCAUAAAAAUGUGACUCAACUCAAACACGCACAACACACCCUCUGGAUUACACAAAUAUGUGUUUGUAUUGGUCACAGAACUUCCUCCCUGAUAAUGACUAAAGAAAUGCAGGAAAGCACUUAAACCCGCUAUUGUAUGCGUUUGUGUCACUAAAAUAAGAGAAAAUAUUUGUAACCGCUUUAAAUUGAGUAAAUCAACUGUAUCUGUUUUAAAAUUAUCUUUGUUUUAAAUAUUUCCUUUUUUAUUGCCAAUUUAUUGCAUAAUAAACUAUUAUUAAGCAAGAUUCUAGCAUGGCAGGCGCCUAAUAUCUCAGUGCCUGUGAUGGUUUAUGGUUUAUACAUGAUCUUGAAAUGACAGUUUUUAUCUAUGCACCGAUUUGAGGUAACUCAGGGUUUUUGUUGCCUUGUUUUGUACAGCUGUUUCUAAAUUAAUGCUAUUAACUGAUGGAGGGUUCAGCCUUGUUCUCAGGGUUAGCUGUAACUGCACAGUUUACCAGUGUAUAUUUCUCCAGUGCCUUUGUGUGCAUUUUUGAUUUCUAUGCUUGAACCGAGCAACCUGACUUGAUCUUCUGUAAUACUGGUGCAGCACAUUAAUGUGGAUGUAUUCUUGUUAAUGUUUAUCCUGUUUAAUUGACAUACUGGGACACCCUUUAGACUGAUGGCCUGUUGUGUUUAAAGUAAAUUAUUUCUAUGUGCUUUUGGUUAUGGAGAUGUAUAUGUAUUCAGUGGGAUUUAGAAAGGAGAACCGUGUUAAAAGCUAUAUUUAUGGUCUUGGAUUAGGUAGGGCAUGAAAGGAUGGGUUAUCAAAGUUGGCUGUUAUUGUCGAAAUGAUAUGCUUAUGUUCGGAUAGUGAAGCAUGUUUGGUUGUGAUGAAGGUACAUGGUGUGAAUUCUGGAAGGAAGGCAAUGAAUGUUAGAAUAUUGUGGUGGAAAGGCUUCUGCACAUCAGAAAGUGUGUAGUAAUGAAACAAAUACAACUAGAUCAGCUUAAGGUGUAUUGGUGUAAUAUUUAGUUGAGUGGCUGUUAGAACUGGAAAUGUAAGUAUUGUAGAAUUCUUAAGGUCGAGCCCUUUGGUUAUUGUUCUCCGUUUAAAGAGGUGUGAAGAGCUCGUGUGUUUGCGUGCUCAGGGCCUUACGCUUUCCCAGAGAUGUCACCAGUCUGCAAUCAUAAUAGAGCUAUUGUCUCCUAAGAUGAGAGGCUCUUGUCACGGUCGUGUGCUUGCUGUGUGACAUCAUCUUAAAGAAAAACUUGAAUCUAUUCCUUCCCUGGGAAACAGCCUCAAUAAUGUUUAAGGGCCAUGAGGUAUUUGAUGCUGGAAUUCAAUAGAGAAUAGACUGGGCUUUGGAGAGCAUUUCUGAGCAGUCACUGUGGUAUUUGCAGAAAGCUUGUGACGAACUUUCUCGAUUCUCUUUCUAUCUGAGGCAGGAUUAGUUAAAACUGAUAAUUGUAGAUAUUUCAUCAUGAAAACUGUGUAUUUUGAGUUCUGUGUACCAUAAUAAAUGAUGCUCAAAUGAUUUACACAAAUUAUAAUAAAGCCAUUGACAGUC